AGCAUUGACCGUCUUCGGUGUAACCAACGCCUUUACCCUCGGGAGGUCUCCAGUUUUGCACGCCUCGAACAGUUCUCUUAAAGGGUCAGCAUUCCCCGAUCCCGACAGGGAAUCAGCAUUUGUCAACGUCGAUCUACGUCCUGCCAUUUUUACACCGCCAUUUUCACGCCACUGUCCCGAUGGAUACACUUCACUGGCUCAUAGUGUUGAAAGCUUUCACGACGACACCGAGAUGAGUUGCUAUGGCACAACUCAGUGGCGCCGCCUUCCACCUAGAAACACUCAUUUUUUAAAACUCCUCCGCCAUAUGAAGCAAUACUGCGGCAGGAUGCAAAGGACACGAAUAUAAAUAGAGAAUCUUAUUCUAAACGUUUGAUCAAUUUCACGAUACAAUUUGCCAUGCACAUAUGCCAUGCUUUAUUUGCAUUUAGCGGUGUUCAUAGGAAAGGAUUCAGGACUUUACAAAAGGACUUAAAAUGCGGUUAUAUUUUUUACGCCGUUACGUAUCGGACACAGCUAUGAUUUAGUGUGGUACUUUGUAUACAAACACUUUUUUAUUUAACACAAUCGUUGCCGGUAAGGAACAGAAUGUACGAAGUGCUGCCGGCUGCGGUACUUGUAGAUGUAAAGUGUAUUAUUUAUUUAUAUAUCAGUAGAAGUUUUAAACUAUGUCAAUUAAUCUUUGCUUCUACAAAAAUGUAUUUCUACUUAUGCAAGCUGUGCCACCAUCGCUUGAAUGUACAAACCGUUUCAACAAGGAGAUGUUUGAUAAACCUAAUCCUUCAGGAUUUAUUCAUAUGUCUCAUUAUUUAUUAUCAAUACACGACUCAAAGAGAUUUAAAAAAGCUGUCACAUGGCCAAUUUUGAGCAAAGAUGAUGAGAAACAAUAUCGUUUGGGAGUGAAAAAAUAUUUAGAUAUUAUAGCUGCUGAAAAUCCAGAUAUAAAGUUCCCACCGAUAUUAAUGUUUCAUAUAAUCCGGGCAGGAAGCAAAAAGUUCUUAACUAUUAUGUGGAAACUGUCACAAAUUAGUCUCAGAGCUUAUAUUAUGAGACAUUACAAUGGUAAAUUAUUACUAGCUCCUGAAUCAGGUGACACUAGUAACAUAACUAGAAUAUAUAUCACUAAUAUCAAUUUUAAAAGAGACCUUGAUAUUUCUAAGCACUCUGAGGAAACAAAAUUGGAUAUAGAAAGCUUUGAAUACUAUAUGCAAUGUAAAUUCACAGACUUGAAAAACCUGCAAGCUGAUAUAUUCAGUACAAUAGAAAAUAUUAAAAAAUGUGCACAGGUGGCUCCAGUUAAUAAAGUUAUUUUAAAACGAUUAGUGGAUCCCAAGGAUAUAGAAAUUAUAAACAUGUGGAAGACAAAUAUUCAUGCAAACAUAGAGCAUCUUAAUUAUAUGAAUUCAAAUUUAAAUAGAUCAAAAACUCUGAGUAGAAAAUUAAUCAAUAUAUUUUCAAGUUUACACACUGAUGCUAUAGUUUGUGAUGCUAAUAAUUUUUCGAAGAUAAAUACUGAGGACAUUGACAAUGGAUUGUAUAUAAAUGGCUGCUUGGUAAUUUAUUCUUUAAUAUUAAAGCUUGAUGAAAUAUUAAAAGAAAUAGAAUGCCAUCUAAAACUAAGUAACUUAUCUAAUUUGUCAAAUUGUGAAAUAACAAUUAAUGAAUACAAUAAAAUAAUGAGGUCCAUGGAAGAAACAUUUCAGAAAUUCAUAUUGGAAAUCACUAGCAGUACAUCUACAUUGCAAAAUAGCUUACAAGAGAGAUCAGCAAAUUUCAGUGUAGAGAAAGAUUCUUUUUAUUUUUUAUGUCGGAAAGUACUGUUUCCAUCUCCACAGUUUCAGUUUCAUUUUGAUGAAAGCAUAAUUGAAAAAGACUUGAUUAAUGAAUUAUAUGUAUCUCCAAAGAAAGGAAAAUAUAAAUACUUAUUUAAGAGGUACCAAAAAGAUAAAUUGGAUUCACCUAAGAGCUCAUCAUUAAACUCUUCUUAUACUAGUAAUGUAGGAGUAAAUACAACUAGUUGGUUGUCACCUAAAAGACAUUUUUCAAGUUAUGAGAAGACCCCACCAAAGAUAAAUAAUAAUAGAACAGUUUCUCCACGUUAUUCUAAAUUAUUUACACCCCGCAAGCGUGCUACGUCCAGUCCAAUAAAGCAGCGCAUAGAGAACAGUCCAAAAUCUACUAAUCAUAACAUAAAUUUACAGCCUGUGAAUUUAGAGGUUGCAAUGCAGAAUAUCUAUGAUCUUUCAACACAAAUUGCUAAAAUUGCAGCUUCUAUACCCAAGUCUUGAAGGAAAACAUUGAUACAGUUUGUUUAGAAGGUACACUGUUUAGAAUGAUUGAGAAGUAAAUAGAUUUGUGAGUAAUAUAUAUGCGUAUAAUAAGUUAAUAAAGAGUUACAUAUUUUCUAUAAAAAUAACUGUAUCUCUUACAUGUUUCUCAAUAAAUGAUAAUUCCAAUUUG